CGCAAGUUGACGAAACUUCAAGUGAAGCCAAUGGUGCCGUCGCCGCCGCCCGCGUCGCCGCGGGGACUGCUUGCAAACCUCGGCCUACUUUCAUACGCACUCAUGCAACUCGCUGGUCAGGCAGUGGAUGCAACGGUCCUAACUCCGUGUGCUGACCUGAUCUCGACCUCUGUCGUCAACCCGUACGUGUGGAGUGAACGCAUUUGGGACUCGCUGAAGAGUUUUGCUCCGCAACGGGCGCGAGACAUCUCGCGGUUCCUGUCUGUUGCCAUCGUGAAGUCGCUCCCUGUCUUCUCGACGGAAUCGUCGUCGGCGUGGUCCGAUACUGCCAAGCGCCUUCAAUCCCAUGUGUACAAUGUUCUUUCGACCCCGCAAGGUCACACCGUCGUGCAGGACUCGGUUGCUACCGUCAUCAAGGCAGCGCAAGCGCUUGGCACACCCGAAGCGAAGGAAGCGUCGUCUCAGUUCACGGCCACCGUCAAGAGCUGCAUCCAAAUGCUGGCAACGCCAGAGGGUCAAGGAAUGAUUGACGACGUGCACAACUGGGUGUGUCAUGGAGUCGGCAUCGCAACGUCCGCAGAGACAUCUAUCUUUCUCUUCGAAGUCGCGACGCAUCUCUGCCAUGCCUUGGACGCGGACCGACCGUCCAGCGAUGCCGGCGCGGAUGAUAUUCCUGCCGAAAACAAGGCGUCACCGAACACGAGCAACGGCGGCAACGGUCUCAAGAACGGUCAAGGUCCCAUGGGGAAGCGGCGGAGCGACCGCCGCAAAGCUGCGCUGGAAGAGAGCAUGCUUCGCAAACUGGGGGUGCGAGAGCCGAUUGUUGAGGUAGAGGAAGUCUUGGAGCUUCCACUCGCCGUGGAAGUCGACGAACAGGGCGACGCAGUGCUAGCUCGCGCAUUUGAAUCGUUCGACGACGCCGAUGGAGAGUCGGAUGGUUGCAAUGUUGUCGCAGACGACAUCGAACCUUGGCACUCGGACCAAACACAUCCAACUUUACGGCGAAGACACCAUCGCCAACGCCUCCACCAAGCUAUUCGAACGGUACCCCCAUGUCUGAGAUAGUGCUAUUGCACCAUGGAUGGCUAGAGCCCCAAGAUGUUGAUGCGAACGCGCGCGCUAUCCAAGCAGUGGAGACGCCGACGGCCCGAUGCAACUUCCACAGCCACGCAUUCACCGGCAGAUCAGUAUGUGGUCCGCGUGCUGGCGUGGAUGAUUGUAGCCUUUAUUGCAGCCGUGCUGCUGCUCCUUGUCGUGGCAAUGUACCGAGUUCUGUUGGCAUAAGGGUCAAUGCAGAUGUAGAGUACGUGGUCAGCGAUGCUUUUCAAGAACCCAUGGAGGAGUUCGAA